ACAAUGCAGUCUUACUUUGGGAAGUUGAACGAAGAGAAUGUGAAGAAUAAUUUUGUCUUAAUCUAUGAAUUAUUGGAUGAGAUAUUAGAUUUUGGUUAUCCGCAGAAUACAGAUCCGGGCGUUCUAAAGACUUUCAUCACCCAACAGGGUAUUCGAACAGCGAGUAAAGAAGAACAAUCGCAGAUAACAUCGCAGGUGACCGGGCAGAUUGGUUGGAGACGAGAGGGUAUUAAGUACAGACGUAAUGAGCUCUUUUUGGAUGUUAUCGAGUAUGUGAAUCUUUUGAUGUCACAGCAAGGGCAAGUAUUAUCUGCGCAUGUUGCUGGUAAAGUGGCAAUGAAGUCGUAUUUAUCGGGAAUGCCCGAAUGUAAGUUUGGUAUAAACGAUAAGCUGACCAUCGAAGGGAAGGGCCGAUCGGGCACCGAGGACCCAUCGAAGACUACACGUGCAUCUGUAGCAAUAGACGAUUGCCAGUUCCAUCAAUGUGUAAAAUUAACGAAAUUCGACACGGAACACGCGAUUAGCUUUAUACCGCCGGAUGGGGAAUAUGAAUUGAUGAGAUAUCGAACGACCAAAGAUAUUCAGUUACCGUUCCGCGUGAUACCGUUAGUGAGGGAGACGUCACGGAAUAAAAUGGAGGUGAAAGUAGUGGUCAAGUCAAACUUCAAGCCGUCUCUAUUGGCUCAGAAAAUUGAGGUACGCAUUCCAACGCCACCGAAUACAAGUGGUGUGCAGUUGAUCUGUAUGAAGGGGAAGGCGAAAUAUAAGGCGGGUGAGAACGCGAUUGUGUGGAAAAUCAAACGUAUGGGUGGCAUGAAGGAGUCACAAAUAUCAGCCGAAAUCGACAUUCUAAGCACUGGAUCGGCCGAGAAGAGAAAAUGGAAUCGGCCACCGGUAUCGAUGAAUUUCGAGGUGCGUAUUUUUUGUUGUUGUUGUGGAUGUUAUUAUGAGUGUUAUUGGUUUAUUGAUUUUAUUGUGAUCCUGUAUGAAUUUUAA